AACCUCACUUCGCAGGGCCCGGCGGAGUCUGGCUGGGCCUGGGCCGUCGCUUCCGUGGGCUGGCGGGGGCAUGGAGCAGGGUCUCUCCGCUAUCACCCUGUACUGCGCCUCCCCAGCCGGGACCGCACCCGCCGCUGCCCCCCGCGCCAUGGAGCAAGAGCAGCUGCACUCAAAUGGCGAUAGAGGCUUUGAGAAUGUGGAACUGGGGAUCAUAGGAAAAAACAAGAAAAUUCCAAGAAGGAUCAUUCACUUUGCAAGUGGAGAAACCAUGGAAGAAUAUAGCACGGAUGAAGAGGAAGAUCCGGUGCAAGAAAAAAAAGACCUCUUGCCGUCUAUUGAUCCUUCUACGCUUACCUGGGGACCCUACUUGUGGUUUCAUAUGCUAAGAGUUGCCACGUCAACCUUAUCAGUGUGUGACUUCCUUGGGGAAAAGAUUGCAUCCGUUUUGGGCAUAAGUACACCAAAAUACCAGUAUGCCAUUGAUGAGUAUUACAGGAUGAAGAAGGAGGAGGAAGAGGAGGAGGAAGAAAACAAAAUGUCAGAAGAGGCAGAGAGACGAUAUCAAGAGCAGCAGAGCAAGCCACAAGAUGAGACUACUGUCCAGACAGACCAACCAGAGGCAACAGCAUGUAAUGCAUUUGUGAAUCUCAAUUUUGAAACCGAGGGAGAUGGCCAAUCUGUUGCAGAAAGUAAACAAGACUUAACCACUGUCCCUACUUAAAAUAUAAGGUUCUGCGUAAUGCCAGAUUUUUUUUAAAUUGGCAGCAAAAGUGUGGGAAAAUUCUUGUACUUUUUCAGUGGAAUAUAACUCAUUUAAAACUCUGGCCAGGAGAGAGCUAAAUAAUGUCCGUUCAGUCCACAACUAUUGAAUAAAGCCUAAGACACUGCCAAACUGACAUUUCUGUUAAAAUAAAAAUGCUGGACAACAAAA